UUGCCCGGAGCGGUAACGCGCGACCGCGGUAGAACGCUCUCUCGGAGGUACCGCUGGAAUGUCUUUUUUCGAGUAUUUAUCUCCCGAUGAAUUCCUCGGAAUCGCGAACAAUUCGUGAGGUUACUGCUAAGAAAAUCGAUCGGAAUUUCAUCGAUGCAAUUCCGAAGGAUAUGCGGGGAGUGGCGGAGCGAUUUGACUCGUCAAAUGGUCGCUGAGACAAUCGUGCUUUCUCGAGUUUGCGGGUUGAAAAAUAACGUUGGAUUAUUUGGCGCGCGGGAGGCCUGUUCACAUUUUUCGAAUUUACCGUCCCUCGUCGCAUUUUUUCAUACUCUCUAGAUAAUUAUUCGCGGGGUGCACGUGCGUGUGAAGUGAACAUAUUUAUAUACUAAAUAUAUAUAAAUAUUGACGUGUCUGUUUAUAUACGCCUGUAUACAUGUAUUUGCGUGUUUAAUUGUGUUGGCUCAAGCCGGUGUUACCCUCGAUCUUUGUGGCACGCACUCACUGCCGGGAUGAUUUAUUUGUUUUACUGCGAACAGCAAACGUGAGCGGCACAAAAUUCUAUACUAAAACAUCGUCACAGGAGAUUUUUCAAAAAAACUCUAUCGCCGAGUGCAGGCCCGAGGAUAUUUUUCGGAUGUUUCGAAGCCCUUGACAAGUGCUGCUGUUUUUAUAACGUUUUUCGCUGCGCGAUCGAACUUUCGACGAAAACGCACGUAGCCGAAGGUACUUCUUUGGCUCCCGGCAACAGGUGGGAAUCCUGCAGGCCUACAGCUGUAUUCCGGAUGGAGGGGACGUUGGUAACGCGAUGACGGAUAUUCAACCGUCACCGCCGGGAUAUCGCGGCCAGGAUGAGGCCCCGGGUCCACUCUCCUGCAGCCCGGGGUCUUUCAAGUACGCGGGUCACGCUCAUCACCCCGAGCACAAGCAGCAACAAUCAGCCGGUAAUUACGUCAAGAGUACCGCGAGCACGUACAACAAUAAAGAGAGCUACAACGGCAAGCAGAGCAACGAACAGCAAAGUCUUUUUUAUCGAAGGAAAUCGGAGAAUUCCGGUGGCAGAAGAACCUCGUCGAGUGAAAACGAGCCCAGCAUCGAAACCAACAAUCACAUCGUCAAUAAAAAAAGCAAUAUUGCCGGUUACAACGACGGUUACAAAAAGAAUACUCCGGGGUAUAAAAACGACAGUGGAUACAGCGAAAGUAUCGGAUUCGACAGCUUCAGCUUACCCCUCAACGAGAGAGACGACGCGUCACCACCGCCAACACCCCCGGUACGCGAUGCCUCGAGUCUCAAGGGCGUUUGCUACGGUCCCGGUCACGAGAAGUAUCCAUCCUGGCCGAGCGCCCCGGAGCGUCAUCCCGACGAAGAAACGAGCGGCGAAAUUAACGCUCACGGUGGCUCGCACCGAUCCAAAUCGUGGACCGAUCACACGACCUAUCCGAAGGAAAAACCGGCCCAGUACACGAGACCACUCGCCAAACGUCCCAAUCCAGCCUUCACUCAACAGCUGAAGACCGUGAUGGAACGCUGCGAAAAAAUACCGGCCGAAACUUUCGAGUCGCGUGGCACUCGGGUCAACGAAGAGGAGCCACGAUUAUGGCCUCGCGUCGAUCGCGAAGGCAAACCACUCGGCGAUGCCGAGUACGUUGUUCCAUCGCCACCCGAGAGAGAACAACAACAACCCUCGCAGACAAUAAGUCACGCCGAGCUCGAAGCUUACGUCCGAAGUUAUCAAGAUCCUCAAGUAUCCCAGGUUGACGUCUACAGAGAAACUGCCCUGACUCAAGCAGGCCUCGAAGAAUACACGAGAGUCCAACACUCUCAGCAAGCCAGUUACGCCCAAUCGGAAGGUUAUCACAGUUACGUCUCCAGCGUCGAUUCUACUACGAAUACUCCAUUUUUGGACAGACUGCGGAGGGACAGCGAGGCGGUAGCUCAGAGGCCGUCGUCGACGUGGGAAGAAGGAUCUCGGGAGGGUCGUGACAGCGUGGUAACGACGUCGAGUGGUGGAAGUGCAUCGAGCAGCGAGACAUUGAAAUGGCACGGUUCGAUGUCGGACGUGAGUGUAUCGAGUGGAAUAGCGGCUCGCCAGGGGAGCAACGAUCGUUGGGAUCGUGGCUCGAUGUCAGACGUCUCAAGUGUAAACGGACUAGGGCCGAAUGGGAUGGUUCAGAAGGCGAUGAAUCAACACGACAAGUGGCAGAGUUCGAUGAGCGAUUUGACGACGUCUCUGUUGUCUCCGUCGUCGAGACACGGUAGAAAUUCGUUGACGAACAACAAGUGGAAGCAGGAGAUAAACAACAAAUGGCAGACGUCGAUGAACGACAGAAACUGCGCGGACGCGAAGCCCGGAGGAAAUUCACGGGCGAGUUUACCGGCGGUGAUAAGUCACUGCUCGUCGGUGGGGGACGUGCAUCGCGCGACAUCACCGCGCGACGGUAAAUGGCAGGAGUCGAGUAUCGACGAGGAAAACAACCUCGAGCGUAACAAAGUUUCCCAGAGAAAUUGGGAGUCGACGAUGUCGAUCGAUGCGGAGAGAUACUCCCGAGGCCCGAGGACGCCGGAAUCCGAAAGAUCUCCGAUGCUCAACAGCGUCGCGUCGAAUCUCGAGAGCUCCGGCGAAUGGACCCACGGCUCGAUGUCAGACGUGAGCCAAUCGAACCUCGCGAUAAACUCGAGCAAGCAGCUCAUAGCGCAUAGCGCCAGAGUCCAAACUCCCCAGCGUCAUCAUUCCGAGAGUGUUUUGUAUCUCGAUCGCGAAAGAACUCAAAGAAAAUUGUACCCCAUCUCGACGACGAAACCGGAGGAUACGAACAAUCAAAAUCAAUCUUCUUCCCGGAGAACUUCGCCGGUCUCCCCUCAGCAAGCCCAUCUCUCGGUCGCCGAGCGCAUCAGCGAGCUCGAAAAAGCUCAACAGACUCGAUACACUUAUCUCGAUCCGGAUAAACGACACAGAGUCUCCGAUCCGACUCUCAAAGCCAUACAGAAAAAAGCACUUUUGUCUUUCUACGAGAGACACCAGCAUCAGUCUUCCUGGCGUUCGGAGCCGCAGUUGGCUCAAAGCGCGAUCGCGCCAACGGCGCAAAGUCCACCGCCUCAACCGCCGCCUCGGCCGCGUCCGCCAUCCUCCCGGAGAGCGAGCUCCGCUUCCGACUACUCGUCGGGAACGUGGCGCGAGAAAACUAAUCGAGCGAGCAACUCGUCCGAUCAGCCAAUCCCGAAGCAUCAGCACAGCAACAGCUGCGGAAGUCUGUCGACCGAUUUGCUCGGCCCUGUAAUCGUCGGACCGGCCAUUUCGAUCGACGAUUGGGUUCCCGAGCGUCCCCCGAAGAAACCGCACUUGCGAGGCGCUUUCAACGAUCGCGUGCCGAGUCCCGAUCUUCCGCCACCUUCGCCUCCGACCGUCGAAGAAACCGAAGUCCUUAAUUGCGACGAUCCGCUUCCACCACCCCCGCCGGAAUUGAGCGACGGCUGCGAGCCCAGGGAGACCUCCGGCCACGGAGAAAAACGUCACAGAAGCUCCCACCAAACGGAGCGGCAAUCGAGGAGGUCGAAACACGGCAAACGCGAGGACAAAAACUCCAAAUCUUCUCCGCUCUCGUCCCCGGUUAUUCCUCCGACCGGGAAAACCCACCGUGAUCAUUCCCCGGAGAAUUUCGUCCGCGGAACCCGCCUCAAGCACGCGGAGAGCGACGUUUCAUCUGAGAACGGUGUCCCUGCUGGUUUCGCGACUCACCGCAUCGUCCCGAGCGGCAGAUCCAGUCUGCGUUAUCCAGCCGCACAAAAGCUGCUCGUCAACGGCCGCGUCACGAGUUCCAGACGCGGCAGCGAAGAGCGUCGUUUCUCUUCAAGGCCGCCGGCCCGGCUCCCCGAUCUCGUGUCCCAGCGUUACAGCGAUUCUGGCAAUCAAAGACCAGCCCCGCAAGUUCCAGUCGAAACGAGAAUCAUCCGGCAGGAAUCCAUGCGCGUCGAGAGCACGAGGCUCGACGCUUCCGGGCUUUUGAGAGCUGAAACUUGUCAAAGAUACGAAACUUCCACGGGCCAGAGGCCCCAGCCUCAGGUCCCCAUCUGCAACAACGCUGCGGACAAAAAUUCCUCGCUUUCAUCUGCCAACAACCAAACGUCGAGACCCAACUAUCUCCCGAUUCCGGAGAGCAACAAAAUCUUCGGAAAAUACAACGAAAAUCCGAACUACUCCGUCGGGAGCCCCGUCAAAACCGGGUACGAGGCCAACUCCAAACUCAUGGCCGAAGCCAGCCCACAAAAAUAUCACGAACCCCCCAAAUACUCCGCUGGACAUCACCAACGACACAACGAAUCCACUCAACGCUAUUGCUACGCUCUUGCCAACAAAUACAUCGAUAUUCCCAAACAAAAGCCGCAACCCCAGUGCCCGACCGAGCGCUAUUCGACCGCUAACUCUUCCGGAUCACCGCCACCCCCGCCACUCGCACCCCGACAAAACACACCUGGGAGAAAAUCGCUCCCACCGCCUCCGAGACCCGCGCCCCCUCUUGGCCUCCACGGGAGCCAAUCGAAAGCCUCGUACUUGGCUUACAGACGAGAGCGCGGGGCGCCGGACAGCGAGGGAAGUUACAAGCGCACGAUGUCACCGACGGCGCGUUUGGAGGAUUGGCACCACCAAAAUUCGGCGACGUCCCGAGAGCCGGACGACCCGGUGCUGCUGCGCGUGACGCCCCACCACGCUCAUAACUCGCCGAACCACCAAACCCACAAUUCGCAGUCCCAACAGAAUUCCCAGCAGAUGAGCGAGUUGCCCAAGUCUCACAGCGUGGACGCGCUGCACCAGCGGAUCGAGGAGCGGAGCGCGAUACAUUCGAACGAGGUGAUGAGCAAGCUGUCGCGAGACUUGACGAAAAAGUUGAAUUCGUCGGAGAGUCGAGGCCGAACGGAGAGCAACAACAACGACAAGGAUUACAAAGAAAGGCUGUCGCCUCAGAGCGUCGAAGUUUUGAACGAUCGGAAUCGCCAGUUGGAGAGAGAGCGAAGAAAGUUGGCGGCGAGUUGCGAGCCGCUUUCGCCCCGGUUGACCGCAGCGAGCAACGGCGAGGCGCCCGGGGGCCACGGGAUCGAGGAUUUUUACCGGGAAAGGAGCGCGACGAUCGAGAUGACCUCGAGGAACGUCGAGCUUUUGAAUCGCCGGAACGCCCUGGCGGAGAGGAGAGCAGCAGCGCCGACUUCCGGUUCGAACUCGAGUCCCGUUUCGACGGUAGAAAAUCCCGAAUCGCAAACGAGGAACGCGACGAACCGCACGGAGAAACCUCCCCCUCCUUUGAGCUCUCCGCCGAGGUCACCUCCGGCCAAUUUUUCUCCGCGCGAAGAGGCGAGCCCCCCGUCUCUGCGGCCCGGGGCCGUUCCCCGGAGGACCGGAAGCUGCUCGAGCUCCAGCUCCGCCUCGACGCGAUCCUCCUCCGAAGCCAAUCCGCCCUCGAGGUCCUCCCCGCGCGUAAACCACAAAACGGAAGCUCCCGCGGGGCAACAACAGCCCAAGGCCACCCGCGAGCUUGAAAAAGCUCACCGGAACUCCGCCGGUACUCAAGGCAUCCUCAGGAGAAAAAUUUCCAGCCCUUCCCAGACCGAAAGCAGCUGGAAGGGAGCCAACUCCCCGAGAGCGAGGUCGAGCCAAACCGAAGUGACGAUCACGAACGCCAGCCUGCGAAGAAACUCCUCCUCGAGGUCGCGGUCUUCCUCGCUCUCGAGCGCCGCUUCCAAAAUCUCUACCUCCUCGUCCUCCUCCUCAACCUCGCCGAGAUACUCGCCCGUUGAGACGAAUAACUCUCCCUGCGUCUCCCCUCAACCCGGCAUCGAAGGACUCACCCUCCUUCAGAGAAGCGAAAUCGUUCUCAGGGUCAACUCCACCACCAUCGACGCUUCCUCGCAAACCGAAAUCUUUUACGAAGACGACAACGCCGAGCAGAAACAUCCGAUCGAGGACGUCGCUCCCAUCGCCAGAAGAAAACUCCCGGAGGAAAUCGAGUGCGAGGAACUCAGCAGAGAUCUCGCCAAUCAACUCGCCCCGAAUGACAAACUCGUUCCGAUACUCCUACCAGCGCCGGAACACAAAAAACCGACGGAUUACGUAUCGGGUCUGUUCAGGGUAGAAGCGACUCUGCAACCACGACCGCGACGACCACCCUCGUUGGACGAUUUGAAUUCGACGAGUUCAGCGGAGACCGAAACCGAAGACGAUGCGAAGAACGAUACGAUGCCCUCGACGCCUACAACCCCUUUGUCGACCACCGAUCCGAGCAGUCCGCUCUCACCAACUUCAGCUUACUUCACAACGUCCGAAGGCAAAGCUCGAUUUCUCACUCGAUACUCCCGCGACGUUACCGAUGAGGACAUAUCCAACAGUUCGGAAAAUCCGACGCGGUUGAACGCCACGAAAAAUGCCAACGACAAUCUCGAUCUCAGGCAGAAAAAGGAGGAACUCGUACUCAGGUUGGACAAAAAAGUCUUAGUAUUAAGAGCGGAACAGGAAGCUGUCCGGGAAGAGGGUGAAUUGAACGAAGCAUUGGGAUCCCGCGUGUCGUCGAGAGUAUCAGCAGUGGCACGUCCGGCUGAGGCAUCAAAAUAUCGUUUGCACGUAGAAGAAGUAGGCAAAAUAACGAGUCUCCUUCUUGGACUGAGCGGAAGAUUGGCUCGUGCUGAAAAUGCUCUUUACGGAAUGUCAGCGGAUCAUCCUGAGAGGAAAAUUUUGGAAUCCAAACGUGACAAACUCAUGGAUCAGUUGGAAGAAGCGAAGAUUCUUAAGAGCAACAUAGACAAGCGGAGCGUAAAUGUCUCAGCGAUACUUUCAAAGUACCUCAACGACGAAGAGUACGCGGACUAUCAACACUUCAUAAACAUGAAAGCCAAGUUAAUAAUGGACGGGCGUGAAAUCCAGGACAAGGUGAAACUUGGCGAGGAACAAUUGGCAGCUUUGAAAGAAGCCAUAGAUUAACGAGACUCGUUCAUUGGGAUUCCACUGAGAAGACGAAAAACGAGAUGAAGGACCAAAAAGUGAGUGAUAAAGUUGGGAUUUUCCGACGCGAGGGUUGUAAAGAAAAUAGAAAAAAGCGAGUGGUGGUCCCUGCUUCAUUUCUUCUUAACGGGUCCCGAGGUGAUUAUCUCCCUAAAGAAGUAAAUAAACAUUAAAAAACGACCUUAAGUGCCUAGUCUUUGUUAAAGCUCGAGUCGUGAACGAACGACGUUACGAAUCCUCUUCCCGGUGAUAACGAUCGGCGGCGCCACACUAAAAUUCAUUUUGACUAAAACUCGAUGAAUUUAUGAGACACGAAAAAAUAAUAGUAAAAACGAAGCCUGACGCUGUAAAACCACAAGCCAUUUCGGGCUGAUCGCUCAACGAAAUUACUUUGUUUAUUAACCAAGAGAUGAAUUUAUAUUAUUUAUUCAAAUGUUUUCAAGUGAAAAUCAAAAUUCUAAUAUAUGAAUUAUUUUGUACAUUUUAAUGUUGUUCCUCGAGGUUUUAAUCGAUUGUAAAUUUGAACGUUGAACAAUGAACGAUACUCGAAUUCGGUGCAAUACAUUUGGUAUAGUUGAUGAUAUGUGAAUAUAUGAAUAGAUUUCGUUUGCGUCUAGCUCGCAAAAAUAUUUUUGGCUUCGUAAAAUGUAUUUCUCAAUUUUUUUACCAAUUUUCAUGAGCGUCAAAUGAAACCAACGAACGAACAAGAAAUAAAAGUAGUAGCCAAAAGGCGGCAACGCGCGCGCAGUGUCUCGCGUGGAUUCGUACGAGCUUUUUUUUGUUAUCGAGCCUCAUUCCCGCGUGGUGCCUUCUUAUAUAGAUGUGUGAUAAGAAUUUAGCUAAAGGGACGGGAAUCCGCAUGAGAAUGAGUUAAUAAUUGGAGGUGUGUACUUUUCCGAGGAAAAACAUGAAUGAACAAAGAGGGAUGAAGCGCAGAAGAAACAACGUUGUAAAUAUGAUUUUUUUAAAUGUGAAUUUUCAUGCGAAAAAACACGCAGACCACUUACGAUAUAAAAGUACGCAAAUCGAUUGAACAAAACACGAAUAUAACGACGAUUAUGUUGUAGCCAAAAGAGUGUUAAACGUCAAAACAAAACGACGAGGAUUAUUGUUUAUUAAUUAAGUAGAUGGUAGCGAGAAGAAAAAUUGAUGAAAAAUGAUAAAUCAAUGUUUAUGUUUACGUUUAUUUCUAACCCGGGGCGAUUUUCCUUCGUGGGAAAAAAACAGCCCCAAGACGCUUGUGAUCUUACUUACUCUACCGGACCAAGGACGCUCGAAGAGACACGUGAAUUCUCGUGCCUCCGUGGUCAAAAGAAGCGGAAUUUCGUGCCACGAUCGAUCGUCUUCCCUCGAGAACGCAACCGUCCCUUUAUUAUUGUUAUUUUCGUAAUUCAUUCCCUUUUUUAUAAACUCUUCGUUGAAAUUUUUUCUGAAUUUCCGGAAAUAAUGUUUCCUUCGUUCUUACCGCACUGACCAAGUCCUCCGAACUUUUGAGCUCAGUAAUGAGAGACUUAUUGCAGCUACAAGAGCCUCGCGACGGACGUUCACGGGACACGAAGCAAAAUUCUAUGCGUUUUCAAUGGCGAUGAUAUUGAAUAAAGAAAAGAAGAAAUGGAAAAAAAAAAAAAAAAAAACGAAACGAAGCAUGCUGCGUUUACGCCGUUGUUGCUCGAGCCGAAAUUUCCAACGAGUUCGUUUGUUCUUUUCACUAUUUCAAAAUUGUUCCAUUACGUUUUAUAUUUCGCAUACUUUAUUUAAAACCGGUAAAACUGUCAAAUUUUCGAUCCGCGUUGGAGCAUUUCCCAUUUCAUUUAUUCACGUUUUUAAAAAAAUAACGAUCGAUUACUCACGAAAUUUCGCGAUAUAAUAGUCAGUUUUCUGUUCCUCGUUUCUCCAUGUUCGACGAUGCAUUAUAAGAAGCAAAAUUGCCGGACGAGUGGCUCACCCACAGCACCAAUGUUGAAACACUGCAAAGCAUGACGGAGAAAAGUUUAAAAAAAAACAAAACAAAACAAUCGACAGGUACGCCAUGCGGUGUAAAAAUGCGAGCGAAAGCAAGAAACAAAACAAAAUAAAAAUGAUAAAAAAUAAUAAUAAUACCGCGUAUGAAAUACGCGUCGCUGAAGUUUCGUCUAGAGGCUUUCAAUUUGUAAAUAAUGAACACGAGAAGAAAAAUAAUGAAAAAAAUGAGAUGCUUAUUAUUCGGAAAGGAAGAAAAAUGGUGCUCUGGACUUUAUUUUACACAAUGUGAAGAAACGUUCCGUUAAUUCGUAGGUUAUCGGUGAUGUUCGACGUUUUUUUUUCUGUUUUUAAAGAACAUUCAAAUAUAUAUUUAAAUAGCUCUUUUCACAAACGAAAAUCCGAAUCCCUCCGCCUCUUUGUGUAUGUAUAUAUGUGUGUUGCAGUAUCCGAAGAAUCACUAUGCGAUACCAUGAUAUAAUAAAGAGUAUGUAUAUGUCCGAUGAUUCACGUGAUUGCAGCAGAACAAAUUUAUAGAAACAAAAAUCUUCGUAACAAUACCUUUAUGUGUUUGUCCACGCCAAUAACGUCGACCCUGCGAUAAAUACCAUCGUUUUUUUUUUUCUUUUUUUAGUCUCAUAAUAUUAAUUACGAUGUAUUAGAGAACAUUACGACAGCUACAUUCUGAAGCUCGCUUGCAAUAAAUAACACGUUGAAAAUGA